AUGUCUCUGGUUGUCUUCCCAGGUGUGACUGCCUCAAACCACACUGGUGUGAGCCACACAGUCUUCUACUUGCUGGGCAUCCCUGGCCUUGAGGACCAGCACGUGUGGAUUUCCAUCCCCUCCUUCGUUUCCUAUGUCAUUGCCUUGCUGGGGAACAGUCUGCUCGUCUUCCUUAUCCUCACCAAGCCCAGCCUCCAUGAACCCAUGUACCUGUUCCUCUGCAUGCUGGCUGGAGCAGACGUUGUCCUCUCCACGUGCACAGUGCCUCAGGCCUUGGCCAUCUUCUGGUUCCAUGCUGGGGAGAUCUCCCUGGAUCGCUGCAUCGCUCAACUCUUCUUCAUCCACUGCACUUACAUCUCUGAGUCAGGGAUCCUGCUGGUAAUGGCAUUUGACCGCUACAUUGCCAUAUGCUACCCGCUGAGAUACACAGCUAUCCUUACACAUGCGCUGAUUGGGAAAAUUGGUCUGACUAUCUUUCUGAGAAGUUUUGGUACCAUAUUUCCCAUAAUAUUUCUUCUGAAAAGACUGACUUUUUGCAAAAGUAACAUUCUUCCACACACUGUUUGUGAGCACAUGGGGUUGGCCAAAUUUUCCUGUGAUGACAUACGAGUAAACAUCUGGUAUGGACUUUUUCUUCUUAUAUCAACAAUUGCUUUAGAUGUUUUUCUAAUCAUUGUUUCAUAUAUGCGUAUUCUCCAUGCUGCCUUUCGCAUCCCUUCCCGAGAUGCUCGCCACAAAGCGCUCAACACCUGUGGCUCCCACGUCUGUGUCAUUAUCCUCUUUUAUGGGCCUGGGAUCUUCUCAGUUCUCACUCAGAGCUUUGGGCGCCACAUUUCACCCCAUAUCCACAUCCUGCUGGCCAAUGUCUGCAUUCUGGCUCCUCCUAUGCUGAAUCCCAUCAUUUAUGGAAUUAAGACCAAACAGAUCCGGGACCAGGUGACUCAUCUUAUUUUCAAAACAGAUAUGACUUUGGGAAUGGAAACCAGACUAGUUUUCUCAACAUUUCUAGUCAUACAUUGA